GAAUGCAGUAAAAAACAGAAAAACGAUGAUUCGCAAAGUACAUCUGUUGAUGCAUUGAGUUCAGAUGAUGGUUUUGAAGAGAAAAAUGAGUUUCAUACGUUGGCUAAUGCUAAAAUACUCCUUAGCGACUGCCUAGCUUGUGACAAUUGUAUGACAUCGGAAGAAGGAGCCAGAGUUUUCCAACAGAAUCAGAAGGAGCUCUUCCGUAUUCUUAACCUUAAUAAGAAGUGUGAUACCUCAAAACACAAAGUGUUGGCAGUGUCUAUAUGCCCUCAGUCAUUGCCUUAUUUUGCUGCUAAAUUCAAUCUCUCUGUGAAUGAUGCAGCCAAGAGACUCUGUGGUUUCCUCAAAAGUCUAGGGGUGCAUUAUGUAUUUGACACCACUAUAGCUGCUGAUUUCAGUAUCCUGGAGAGCCAGAGGGAAUUUGUGCAGCGUUAUCAACGGAGGAACCAGGAGGAGCAUGCCUUACCAAUGUUUGCCUCUGCUUGCCCUG